CAUAACAAUGUGACAGCCUCGCUUUCCCAUAUUCAAAUAUAAGGCUAGUGUCUCUUAGGAGCAAAUUGAUCUUUUAGUUAAUGCACCUCAAUACCCUAAGAGCGGUCUUGUCAACUCUGGGAUGGCUGCAUAAGGAGCAAUUGCGGGAUUUGCGGAUCUCUAUGAUUUCAGCUCAGGGUCCACUGUCCCAGUAUGAUUAAAUAGGCCCAAGAUACAAAUAAUUUAUAACCUGGUAGGCUGACUCCGAACCAUGGAGCCUAUAGUGGCUUGGCAAUGAACACAAGAAAGAAAUAAAAUCGAUCGGCGACAUCGCCCUUUAGUCGAUCCCAGCGUUCAGGGCCUGGGUCGUGGUCCCUGCUAGAUUGGGGUAUUUGAGAAUCUGGUUAGGGGGUUUAGCGACACUCACUCUUCCGAUUUCACUUCUCAUUCUCGUCGAUCUGCCGUGGAAUGAUUUCGAUAUGACUAUAGCAGGGAAUCCUCCCUUUAUCUCCCUUUCUCAAGUUGUGAAUUGAAGCUUUCACUCACUGCGGACGCUCGAUAAAGAUAUCUUUGCCUUUAUCAUUGCGAUGUCAUAGAUUCACCAUGGGUUAUAAUGGUUCCGCAGAGCUGUUCGCCGAAUGGGCCAUCGGACUUGUGGUCGUGGCUGUCCGAGUCUACGCACGAUGGUCUGUAGGUAAGAGCCGUUUCUAUUGGGAUGAUGCUUGUCUCGGUCUGGCAACGAUAUUCUGGACACUCCACACAAUAUUUCUAUAUUACUGCACCGAUGUUUAUGGGUCUAACAUUGGUCUGACCGAGAAGACAGCGAUGGAGGUACCAGAUGAAGAAGUGGCGAUUCUUCGAAAAGGCUCCAUCUAUGCCUUUGUGGCUUGGCUGUCUUACAUCUUCAUGGUGUGGUCGUUCAAAGGAGUGCUCAUGUUCUUAUACGGUCGACUAACAAUGGGACUCUGGCAACACCGCCUUGCCCAAGCCGUAGGCGUCAUGUGUAUCUGCACCUUUCUUGCAUCGCUAUUCUUCCAUUUAUUUAUCUGCCAUCCGGUGCAGAAAACAUGGCAGAUCAAGCCAUACGCAGGAGACAACUGCACGAUACGCCCCCUCAACUAUAUCGUCAUCGAAACACUGAGCAUUGUAACCGACCUCGGCGUCAUGAGUAUCCCGAUCCCACUCGUCCUGGCCGCGCGCAUCCCCACCCCCCAGAAAAUCUUCCUCAGCAUUCUAUUCUCCUCCGGUGUCUUCGUCAUGGUCGCCGCAUUUCUGCGCGCCUAUUACUCCGUUAAAGAUAUCACAACGCUAUCCACCGCUCUGGGAUGGGCGUCCCGCGAAGCCCUCGUCUCGGUGAUUAUCGUCUGCGCGCCGGGAAUCAAGCCGCUAUUCACGAAAUGGGGAUGGUUCCGGUCGUAUGGAUCGUCAGGAAGUUACGAAUACAGUUAUGGAUAUGGAAAUAGUCAGGGCCGUUGUCGGAGUCAAGGGAAUGGUGACAGGUCGAGGGCACGGAGUACGGUGUUCAGUGGGAAGAGGCGGAGUGGUGCGUUCGGGACUGAAAGACACCCGUACGAGAUGGGAACGUCGGUGGGGAAGAAGAAGAGGGACUCUUCUGGGGAGAGUCAGGAACGGAUUGUGGAUCCGGAGUUUGAAAUUGAAGGGAAGGGAAGUGAUGCUGAUACUGGCCGCGGUUUUGAGGGAGGCAUUGUGGUGACGACGGAUGUUACGUUUGCUCAUGAGGAUAUACAUGCGAGGCAAUCUUAGAUGAAUCUGUGCAAGAAUAAUGCAGUGGGAGGGACUGAAUCUACUGCAGCCAUUGCAGUAUUGGAACAUGAUGUAUCACAGACUGAUUAUCCCAAAUACUGUGUCAUAGCAAAGACUGUCUAGCAUCGCAGACGCCUGCCAUAAGGGAAUA